GUUUUCGUGGAAUAACAACAUUUAGAACGAUUUUCAAAGGCAAUUUUUACUUUUAUUACGCAAAAUCCUCCAUCGUGUUAUGACAAUUUUUCAACACUUGAUCGAUUCAUUUUCACAACUAUAGUAAUUGAUUGAAUUUAAUUUAGUUUGUAUUUAAAAGGAUUAAGUAAUUUAAUUAAAUAAUCGCAAGAUUUCCAAAAAAAAAAACGGUUUUUAUAGUAAAUUAUUUUUUUCAAUUGUUGUGAUUUUUAGUGUAUGCAAAAGAUUGUAAGGAAGAAGGACAAACAGGACAAAUGGUUUUCAUAAAAAUCUCAGGUUCUGGGAUGUAAAUAGGUUUACCACAACUUUAUCCAAAGAGAUCUGUCAAAUUUUAUCCAAGCCGCAAAACACGUGCGAGCUCCGAGGAAAACCAAACAAAGUUCUUUCUUUGGAAGAAAAUUGUAAAUAAAAGUGCUAAAAUGUCGAAAAUUGACCGAGAAAUUGGUAGUGAUUGUGGUAGCAAUCACACGGAAGAAAACUGCUAUGGGAGUGAUGGAGAUUGUUCAGAUGGAUGGGAAGAAAUGGAGGAGAAUGAAGAAGAGAGUCUUCAGUGUUUAUUUUGUGAUGAUACCUUCAAAACUGGGGAAGAAGCGAUAGAACACCUUCGAGAUGGCCACAAUUUGGAUGUCCUGCAUCUCCAGGAGAAGUAUUCAAUGGAUCAGUACUCAUACAUUAAAAUGAUCAAUUUCAUCCUUGCGGAAAAGCUACGACCGGAAGAUGUUGGAUCUAGUGUAGAAUGCCCAUGGUCAGAUGAAAAAUACCUUCGUCCUGUGGAUGAAAAAAUGCAAAAUUGGUUGAUUUUUGAUUUUGAAGAUUACGCGGAAGAAAUCUCCAGGAAAAAACAAAAGGAUUCCGCGAAAAUGAACAAUGAAAAUGUUACGAUUAGUCAUUCGGAAUUGACACACCUGCAGAAUGCCCUUAAAGAAGCUUUGAAGCGGAAUGAGGAGCUUGAAUUCCAUAACAAAAGAGCCCAGAAAGCCAUUGAGAACCUUCUGAAAAAUCCGCUCGAUGAGGAAGAAGAGAAGGGCACAGUGUCUGCAAAAACCCCCAGAGACGAUGAAUCCUAUUUCACGUCGUACUCCCACUAUGCAAUCCAUCAGGAAAUGCUAUGCGAUGAAGUUAGGACGCUUAGUUAUAGGGAUGCCAUUGAGAAGAAUUCCUCCGCAAUCCGGGAUAAAGUAGUGCUGGAUUUGGGAUGUGGUACGGGGAUCUUGUCCCUUUUCGCAUCUCGUGCUGGUGCAAAGCAAGUAAUUUCCGUUGAUCAGUCGGAAAUUAUCUUUCAAGCAAUGGACAUUGCUAGACGAAAUGGUUUUAAGGAUAUAAAAUUCCUCAAGGGACGAAUUGAGGAGGUUGCUCUCAAGGAGAAAGUAGAUGUGAUUGUUUCCGAAUGGAUGGGGUAUUUCCUUCUGUUUGAGGGAAUGCUGGACAGUGUGAUCUAUGCACGUGAUCACUAUCUCGCACAAGGCGGUAUCCUCCUUCCAAAUCGUUGCACGAUUAGUCUUGUUGGCUCCGGAGAUAUAGAGCGUCAUCGAGAGCGCAUUAGUUUCUGGGAGGAGGUCUAUGGCUUUGAUAUGUCCUCAAUGAAGGAUGACGUACUGCGGGAGGCAAGUGUUGAGGUCUGCCCACCGGAAAGUAUCCUCACGGAACCAAAUACAAUUGCUGACUUCAAUCUUAUGACUGUGGACACCAAUUGCUACUCCUUCUCGUACAACUUCAACCUCCGGAUCCUCCGAAGUGGAUCCAUGACGUCCCUUGUUGGGUACUUUGAUACAUUCUUCGAUCUUCCCACGUGUCCAGUGAAAUUCUCAACAGGACCUCAUGCAACGCCCACACAUUGGAAGCAGGUUAUCUUCUUCCUGCCCACACCACUACCCGUCACAUCAGGAGACACAAUUUCCGGAACAUUCAAGUGCCAACGGAAUCCCCAAUGUACCCGUUCGUUGCUCAUUAACAUCCACCUCCAGGAUCAGGAGCUUCAAUAUGAUUUUAUGUAAGAGACAGACUAUUUUAUUUUUUUUCUAAAAUAGAUUUGUGAUGCUCUUUAUUAUUUUUUGAAUAUAAUUACACAAAUUUUAUACAACGAG